GCCUGGGUCACGGGCAGCGCGGCGAGCAAAGGUGCGCGACCGCGGGACAACGCCUUUCCCAUGGCUGCGCCAGGCGCGGGUCCCCGCCGAGAGCCUCUCCACGGAGCAUCUGCCGCUGCCCGUGCGCAUGGUGCCGCUCGCAAAAGGCAGCAUUAAGUCAUUCGUUCGCUGCCGUGUGGGAGGUGAAUUUGUCAUCGGGAACGAUGGAGCUACGAGAUCUCUGUAAUGCAGGUAGUGAAAGACAGAUAAUGAGAGCACUCACUACCAAGCCUAGCUCUCUCGAUCAAUUCAAGAGCAAACUUCAGAAUCUCAGUUACACAGAAAUACUGAAAUACGCCAGUCCUGAGAGAAUGAACCAGGAAGAUUUCCAGUCUCGUCCAAUUCUGGAACUGAAAGAAAAGAUUCAACCGGAGAUCUUAGAACUGAUCAAGCAGCAACGUCUCAAUCGACUUGUGGAGGGCACAUGCUUUAGGAAACUCAACAGUCGGCGUCGGCAAGACAAAUUUUGGUAUUGUCGGCUUUCACCUAAUCACAAGGUCUUGCACUACGGAGACUUGGAAGAAAGUCCACAGGGAGAAGUCCCUCAUGAUUCUUUGCAAGAUAAAUUGCCAGUGGCAGAUAUAAAAGCUGUUGUGACUGGGAAAGACUGCCCACACAUGAAGGAGAAAGGAGCUCUUAAACAAAACAAGGAGGUGCUAGAGCUUGCUUUCUCUAUAUUGUAUGACUCAAGUGGCCAGUUGAAUUUCAUUGCUCCAGACAAGCAUGAGUAUUGUGUAUGGACCGAUGGUUUGAACGCCCUCCUUGGGAAGGAUAUGUUGAGUGACCUAACGCGGAAUGACCUAGACACGCUGCUCAGCAUGGAGAUAAAGCUACGCCCUGACUUGGAAAAUAUACAAAUCCCAGAUGCUCCCCCACCUAUCCCAAAGGAGCCCAGCAACUAUGACUUUGUUUAUGACUGUAACUGA